AAAUUUUUUUAUCCGAAAUUCGAAAAGUGUGUAAUGAAAUGGUUAAAAAGUAUUUCAAAAGUGCGAUGAAAACAAAUAUAUAUCAAAGCAUUCAAUUUUGAAAAAAUAAAUCUCAAAUUUGAUGGGUUUUUUUCUCGGCCAGAAUUAUAGUGCGUUAGCAACCCUAACGUGAGUUCUUCCUCUCAUUUUUCACUCAUUCCACAUGUUUAUUGUUGUUAUUUUCCGCAAUUUUCUUGAAUGGAGUGGCGUCUAGCCGGCAAAACGUGGGUGCUUAUUUAAACAUAUAACAAAAAAAAAAAAAAACAGAAAACUUAGUGUAUGUUAAAUAAAUUAAUGUAAAAAUAUAAAGUGCAAAAGACAAAGUGAGAAACAAUGCCUUACAUUUGCUUGCUACAAGAAGGCAAUGAAAGUCUGCCAAAACUUUUGGAGAAAGCGCAGCAAAAUGGUUAUGCGGUCAUAGCGGCUCAUAUAAACACCACCGAAAUCCCAUUCGAAUACCAGGAAACGCCCAUGUGUGACAAACAGGCAGAGUUCACAUAUCCAGACUUAGUAUUCCCUUCGGAUCACUGGAAUGGAAAAGUAAUAAAUGUACUCUCAGACACCAUAGACUGUGAUGCUGAAGACAUGGUUGUGCGCCGUAAUGCUGAAGAAGUGCUAAAACGUGAUAUUUCAUGGGCGGAACAUUUACAAUAUGGUGGUUAUACAAUGCUGCGUUUAAAAUCUGAACGUAAUCUUAAUAUGGCACGCAUUGCGUCAAGCAAUGUGAAGGGAUUGCUGCUCGUACAAGUGCCGUUGUAUAAUUCAAUGGAAGCUCAGGCUACCUGGCUGCGUGAUAUUGAUGAUGAAGAGUUGGAACGUAUUGGAGAACAAGAUACAUGGCAUUGGUGGAACAACUUUAGAUGGGCGGCUGAUUUCAAUCCUAAAAUAAAAGUGGUGCUCGAACUGAGCGAAAGCGACCGACCAUCCUUAGAAGUAGUACGUCGCUGGUUAGGAGAGCCAGUCGAAGCAGUUAUAGUGCCCUCAACCAUGUUCAUUUGCAAUCGUCAAAAUUAUCCCGUGCUGCCAAAAGCGUGGCAAGAGAUUUUAUCAUAUUUCAUGCGUGCACGCAUUAAUGUCAUUAUUUCGUCCGAUGUUCAUGAUAACAGUCUGAAACUAUACGCAGAGUACAUGCUACGUUUUCAAGAAAUACACGCUGAUACACACGAGUUGCAAGCUUUCGAAGAUGUGCUGGAAGAGCCACUACAACCUUUAUAUGACAAUUUGGAUUGCUACACAUAUGAGGUAUUCGAAAAAGAUCCGGCUAAAUAUAAGCUUUACCAAGAUGCUAUCGAGCAGGCGCUGCUUGACCGCGUUGCCGAUUCGGAAAAGAAACACAAAUUGACGGUUAUUAUGGUGUUGGGAGCAGGCCGCGGCCCACUAGUGCGCUCAGCACUUAAUGCAGCAGAAAAUACGGGACGUAAAGUGCGCGUCUACAUUAUAGAGAAAAAUCCCAAUGCAAUACGCACACUUACGGCCAUAGCAAAAAAAUUAUGGAGCCAUAAAGAUGUGCACAUUUUCUCCAAGGAUAUGCGUGAGUUCUCGCCACCCGAACCAGCCGAUAUUUUAGUAUCCGAAUUAUUGGGCUCAUUUGGUGAUAAUGAACUAUCACCAGAGUGCUUAGAUUGUGCACAAAAAUUACUAAAAGCCGAUGGCAUAAGCAUUCCCUGUAAAUCUACCUCAUUUAUAAAUCCGAUAAUGUCUUCGAAACUGCUAAAUGGUGUACGCCAAGUAUUGCGUCACGAAACACACGGCCGUCAAAAGCAAGCCACCUAUCAUACACAUGCUGAAAGCGGUUUUGUAGUGUUACUCAAAAAUAUUUUCAAUAUCGGUUUACCACAAGCGUUAUUUGAAUUUGUGCAUCCGAAUCCGCAAAAACCAAUUGAUAAUAGUCGCUUUAAAGCUUUACGCUUCGAAGUGACAAUAGAUUGUGUGCUCACGGGCAUUGCGGGCUACUUUGACACAACACUCUAUAAGGAUAUUCAGCUGAGCAUUAAUCCGCAAACACAUACGCCUGGCAUGUUUUCAUGGUUUCCAAUGUACUUCCCCUUCGCGGAACCCAUGGAUGUGAAGAAAGGCCAAACGAUUGAAAUUCAUUUUUGGCGUUGUGUUACAAAACAGAAAAUCUGGUAUGAAUGGUGUUUGGCUUCACCCUUUCGCACACAUAUACACAAUCAUGGCGGUCGUUCGUGCCCAAUCUACUGUACAUAGACACCUAAGUAGAUGGUUGUUAAAUAAGUAAUCUAAGCAAAAAAUAUUGACACCUAUAAUUUGAAAAAUUUAUAAUUUACAUGUUAAGUUGUUGAAAAUUAACAGUUAGUACUCGCUCAGAAAUGUUUGUAUUUUUUUUUUUACAGUUUAUGUUUUGCAUACUGCUCUUAUUCGAAAGCAUUUUUUUUUUCAAACUAAAACGCAAAGUUGUAAAAAUACUAUUUAAUUUUAUACUAAUCAAAGUUUGUUUUUCAUGAAAAAUUGUAUUUAAAUAUAUGCCAAGCAUAGCAUCCUUUUAGGCUAUUGUUCAAUAAAUUUUUACUAUUUGAAAAUAUACCGUUCGACAGUGUAGGCAUACAUACACAGCAUUCACAGGUUAAAAUAAAAAAAGUGCUAUAAGGGAAAUUGUAAA